AUGGCCGAAAACCCAGCCAGGAGCUUUGGUGAACGGGCCCGGUACGAGCGCCGGGCCGAACUUGCGAAACUGACUCGAGAUAAGAAGGCCGACCUCUCCCUCAUCCUGGGCCUCUCAUGGCGGGUCAAGGGCCGCCAGGUGCACAUCGACUACAGCGGUGGCUUGGAUACGGCCAAGAUACGGGGUAAGAUCGCCUCCUCGGUGGGCAAGCUCAACUUCUCCAACGCACUGCCGAGCGUCCCGCCGCCGGUCCCGACCGAGGUUAGGCCUGAGGAGGGAGAAAAGAACGAACCUCAGGCGCAGCAAGACGAAGAAGGGAAAGCACAGCUGCCGAGCCUGAAAGACGCGCUCGUGCAAGCUGCACCCGUGGAUUUCCAGUGCGGUCGCGGGCCCUGCUGGCGCGCAGAAGGGGGUCGCGAGACGACCGAAGCUUACCACGCGCGGCUCGACGCCGAGACGUGGCGCAAGCAGGUCGACUUCGCGGGCAUCCUCUCGCAGAUCGACACGACGGCGCUCGCGGAACACGCCCACAGCCUCCUGGAGAACUUGCGGGCCGCCGACGAGGGCAACCCGCCCGGGCACAAGCGGCCCGAGCUGGCCCUGCCGCAGGUCAGCGCGCCCUUCUUCGGCGACGCGCACGUCUUCUACGUCCUGCAGUCCUGGGACGACCGCAAGAGGGAGUUCGUCAAGUGGGUGGUCAAGAUCCCGGCGACGGGCACCCCUGAUACCUGGGACAGGCUGUCGGCCGAGACGCUGCGCACCGAGGGCCUGUUGCUCAGGAUGCUGGAGGAGCAGACGAACAUACCGGCCCCCAGGAUCAUCGAUGCGGACCCGAGCCCGCACAAUACCGUCCACGUGCCGUACCUCAUCAUGGAAUUCGUGCAGGGCCGCCGCCUCGAGGACGUGUGGUUCGGGGUCGGCGAGGCGGCGCUGGACGCCGAGGCGCUUAAGGACCGCCGCCUUAAGAUCCUCGAGAACGUAGCUAUGGCUAUGUUUGAGCUCGGCAGGUUUGAAUCCGGCGAGGGUGGCUCGCCCCGGUUCGCUCCCACUGGGGAGUUUGCCGGCGCGGGCGCCCUGCAGGAGCUCGACGUCCAGGCCGUGGUCGAGCGCUGGUUCGGCACCGAGGACUGCGAGCGCACGCCGCUACACGCGGCCGUCGGGCCCUGGGACGAGCCGCGGGACGCGUACACGGCGAUGUUGGACACGUAUCCGCCUGGCACGGAGGCCGGCGAGGGCGUGGACAGGCUCUUGCGGCUUCUGAUCGGGCUGGUGCGGGAGCCAGGGUUGAAACGACGCAACGGCGUCAAAAAACCGCUGGUGAAAACAGGCAGGCAGGAGAGGAAGAAGCCCUUUGUACUCGCCCACCCUGACCUCAGCCUCCGCAACAUCAUUAUGGACGCCGACGGCGACGGCACGACCAUCCGGGCCUUCCUGGGCUGGGACGGCGCCCGCGUUGCGCCGCGCUCUCUGGGCAACGAGGCCCUGCCGCGCUGGCUCGUCCGCGACUAUAACCUCUUCGUCUGGCGCUGGCGCGCGUCGCCCGACUUCUGGCGCGUGGGGGGCGGCCACCACGUCCCGCCGGCAUGCAACCGCGCCGAGGACGCGCCGUGGGUGCUGCGUGAACUGAGGGACGCCUACGUGGAGGUUGUUGGGAGGUUGAAGAGUGCUGGUAAGGGAGGAGGGGAUGAUGGCGGCCGUGAGGGUCGAGAAGAAGAGCCAAGGGACAGAGACAGAGAAGGGGAACGGGUCCACGUUAACGUUACUAGGCAGUCGCUGCUGGCGCUCUCGCUGGACGCCGCGGCUCGCGACCCCAGGUGUAGGACGGCGGUGCUGAGGCGGGUGCUGGAGAAGUGCUCGCGGUCGUUUGGCGAAUUCGACUUUGAGCGCCUGGUCGGGAUCUUGGGCGAUGGACAGCCGGUGGAUGGGUACACGAUGAAGUGUCUGAGGCGGGGGGUGCGGGAGUUGGUUGAGAAUGGGUUUGUUCGGGGUGCUGUGGUUUGCUAG